GACGCUGGAGAUAUGAUAAUGAUUUUGUUAUUUAGUGAUAAGGCAAAGUAUCUUUAUAAAAGACACUUCACCCAACUAGGAUUCGCCAGUUAACAACGAAAUAUUUUGGAGGGAGGUCCGUUUAAAAUAAAGCCAGUGCUUCGUGUCGCAAAAAGGAAAGAUAAAACGAGGAAAAUGAGAAGAAAUCGGACGUAUGCGCCGUUAGUGGCAACGACGCUGAUAAUGGCUUUGUUAUCUGGAAUUGAGGGCACCAACAACAAAAGAGCACCGAAAUGUCCAAAACAGGAUCCCAGCGACAGAACAAUUCAUCUGCCGCAUGAAUCCGAUUGUACGAAAUUCUACAAGUGUUUUCACGGGACACCGAUCCUCUUUCAAUGCCCCCUCAUGGAUCUUCAUGGCCACAGAUUGCACUUCAAUCCUGAAUUGGAAGUGUGCGAUUGGCCGGAGCAUGCUGGCUGCAUGAAUGGAAGCCAGCCAACAACAGUGCAAAGUGUAACCACGCAGUCAACUCCGAUCCAGACUGAAAAAAUGAGCGCAGUGACGAGCAGCGAAGCGAAGCCGCCAACCACGACCACCGCCCUCCCCUGGACCAACAUCCCUCACGAGAACAACUGCAGCCUCUAUUACGAAGUGGCUAAAGGUCAAAGGAGAGUGAAAGAAUGUCCGCAAGGACAACACUUCAGUCCAACGUGGUUGACUUGCAUGGGGGCUGAGGAAGCUGGUUGCGAGUGGACGACCGUCGCCCCGCAGACCACGACCGUCGCUGUCCAGACGACGGUCGCGUCGAAGCCUUCCUGUGGCCGUGACUGCGGUGACAUAAACGACGGAUGGUUGACACCGCACGAGUGUUCGUGUGACAAAUACUACCAAUGUUCGGACGGCGAUCUCAUUCGCCGUCAAUGUUCCCAAGGCCUCCAUUUUAAUCCGAAAACCUACAGUUGUGAUUAUCCGAGUUCAGCGGGCUGCGAAAUACCCUCGCCGAGUCCCACGACGACGAAGCCAACGACGAGCGCCAUUCCGUCGGAAUGUCCGCCCGGGAACAGCGGUCAUGUCGUACAAAUACCUCACCCAACCAACUGUUCGCUUUUCUACAAGUGUGACAACGGUGAGAAGCAACUGUCCCAGUGUCCCGAUGGGCUUUACUUCAACCCCACGAUACAGAUGUGCGACUGGCCGGACGUCGCUGGAUGUACAGCCGAGACGUCCGGGCCGACGGAAAGCACCUCCGCUCCGAGCGCAGGGCCCACGUCGCCGAUGACGUCGACCGGAGCUCCCUCCACAGCCACCGCUUCUGCCAGCACCCCCGAGGUCAGUCCCUCGACGAGCGUCGCGCCCACCGAGUGUCCCGCCGGCGAUCCGGAGCCCCCGGUCUCCUGGCCCCAUCCGCAGAACUGCUCUCUGUACUACACGUGCAAAAAUGGAGAGAAAGUAGUCCAAUCUUGCCCAUCUGGUUUGGAGUUCAAUCCCAGCAAAGGGAAGUGUGACUGGCCAGACAUUGCCGGCUGCGUUCCACUGACGACGGAGGGACCGCCGAUCACUCCUGAAUUAUCGACCACUUCUGGCACGGAAGCUAGCCCCGGCACUUCCCAGGAGCCGAGCAGGUCACCGGGAACCACCGAAAGCUCGUCGACGACCGGAAGAUUCACUGAAGCGUCGAGUACCUCAGAGGCCACCGGUGCAGAUGUGACGCCGGAGAGAACGACGGUUAAGUGGGAACCUUCUUCGACCCAGGCAGUGGAUUCCACUCCGGCGAGUCCAGACCCCAGCUGCCCACCGGACAUGGACGGACAUCAGAUUCCCCACGAGACCAAUUGCUCUCUGUUUUACGAGUGCAGAGGAGGUCAGAAAAUACUGAGGGAGUGCACACCAGGGCUGCACUUCAAUCCGGACCUUGAACUUUGCGUGUGGCCGGCGAACGCAAGCUGCGAGUCCACCACAGUUUCAUCAGAAAGCUCGUCGACGACGCUCGAUGAAGCGACGAGCGAAAAACCACUCCCGUCCUCCACCGUUACGCCAUCGAGUCCAAUACCGGUUACCGACGCGACCGUUGACCCCGGAAGUGGCGGCUGCAUUGGCACAUGCCCCAUGCCUGAUCCACAAGAUUAUACGGUCAUGUUGACGCAUGGGGAUUGCACUAAAUUCUGCAAGUGCAGCAACGGUCAACCUUACGUCUACGAUUGUCCUGCUGGCCUCCACUUCAGUCCGGAGAAACUCGUUUGCGAUUAUCCAAAAGAUGCUCAAUGCUCGGGCCAAGGUGGAUAUGGAGAGCCCGAAAAAAAUGAGGCUGUAUUAACGGAGCUUUUCAUUUCGAAUAUGCGCACGAUGCUUCGAGGGAACAAGAAAUUUACAUACGGCUGGAUUCGUAAACACAUUGUUCGCGUUCAUCAAGCCGUUAUUGAAUGUGGUUUCAACGAGGCAAUUGUUUCGCAAACAUUUGUAACGGACGAAGUGUGCAGCAGACAUCCCGUCAUUCACAAGAGAGAAUCUUCAGCAUUGCUCGAGCUUAUUCCUCAGAUUGGGCUGACAGUUGCGAAUUCGGUGCUGUCCACCGCCAUAGUAGUUGGUUCGAUACUGGUCUUAGUAGCCGAAGCAGGCAACUUCGUUGUUUCGGAAUGCCCGAAAAAUCUGCAAUGGAACGAAACCGUACUAAUUCCACAUGAGAACGAUUGUACAAAAUAUUACACGUGUGUGGGUGACGAAAAAGUGGACGGAGAGUGUCCUUUCAUGAACGAAAACGGUGACAGACUUUUCUUCAAUCCUAAACUUCAUUUGUGUGAUUGGCCUUCGGAGGCGGGUUGCGACUUGACGUGGUCUUUAAAGACACUCGCAAAAACUGAGUGUGAGCAUGGGCCCAUACCAACCGAGUGCCCAAAAGUCGAUGCGACAAACGAAACCGUGCAUCUUGCCCACGAGUGGGAUUGUACAAAGUUCUACAAGUGCCUUGAGGGCUCCAAACUCCUGAUGUCAUGUCCAGUCGGCCAGGACGGUAACAAGUUGUAUUUCAAUCCUUGUGAACAGGUCUGUGAUUGGCGGUUCAAUGUCGAUUGCGUUUACCGGAACGAGAUAGAACUCUUGGACGAUCAGUUGUCUGAAUCAAUGGAGGAUUAUCCGACGGAGUGUCCGAAAGAAGACCCGAAAAAUGAAACGAUACUACUCCCCUACGAAGGAGACUGUACCAAGUACUACUCUUGUAAUCGUGGAAGAAGGUACCCGAUGGAUUGUCCCGUUUACGACAAGGAAGGAGAUAAACUAUUCUUCAACCCGGAAAUCCAUGAGUGCGAUUGGCCAGAAAAUGUAAACUGCGUCCAGGAUGAAUCGCUUCAAAAUUAUGAGUCGUCCGAACGACAAACUAAUCUUCCAACGGAGUGUCCAGCCUCCGAUUCAGAUGAAGACGUACCAGUUUUGUUGCCUCACGAACGGGAUUGCACCGAAUUCUACAUGUGCUCGCAUGGGAAGAAAGUUAUGAAACAAUGUCCAGUGAUAGACGACAAGCGUCAUCGACUCUAUUUCAAUUUCGAAAGGCAGAUUUGCGACUGGCCGUGGAACGUUGAUUGUAAGCUGCCUGAACCUGAAAUAAAAGCGGCACUGACGGAAUGCGAAACAUCGCCAGUCCCGACUGAAUGCCCCAAAGUAGAUUCACCUCAUUGCACCGUGCAUCUUGCCUGCCCUUGGGACUGCACAAAAUACUAUAAGUGCAAUCAAGGAGAGAAAUGCUUGCAAAAUUGUCCUCAUGGAUUGCAUUUCAACAAGUACUUACAAGUGUGCGAUUGGCCGUGGAAAGCUGGCUGCGAUUCGAACUACACUUCGCCACUUCCCCCAACCACUUCUACCACAACUACUGACCCUCCGCAUCCCACACCGGAUCCUGGAGUCAAUGGUUGCAUAGGAGAUUGUCCUCCUUACGAGCCCCAAAACGUAAUCGCAGUUUUACCACAUGAGGAUUGUAGGAAGUGGUGCAGCUGUGAACAAAAUGGAAAAAAGGUUUGGGUCUGCCCCGGAGACUUGUACUUUAAUCCAACUCUUAAGAAAUGCACCAGCCCUGAGCAGUCUGGAUGUACCGGUCGAAAACAAGUAGUCAACAAUGAUGAAGCGCUGAUGAACAUUUUGGGUUACAACCAACGCUUCCAUUGGAUAGAUCCACCUGAUUUAUACGUUUUUUCUGCUGGCAAAAUUGCCGCAAUGGCGCGUAUUUCGUCAGUUGCGAAUUCGGUGCUGUCCACCGCCAUAGUAGUUGGUUCGAUACUGGUCUUAGUAGCCGAAGCAGGCAACUUCGUUGUUUCGGAAUGCCCGAAAAAUCUGCAAUGGAACGAAACCGUACUAAUUCCACAUGAGAACGAUUGUACAAAAUAUUACACGUGUGUGGGUGACGAAAAAGUGGACGGAGAGUGUCCUUUCAUGAACGAAAACGGUGACAGACUUUUCUUCAAUCCUAAACUUCAUUUGUGUGAUUGGCCUUCGCAGGCGGGUUGCGACUUGACGUGGUCUUUAAAGACACUCGCAAAAACUGAGUGUGAGCAUGGGCCCAUACCAACCGAAUGCCCAAAAGUCGAUGCGACAAACGAAACCGUGCAUCUUGCCCACGAGUGGGAUUGUACAAAGUUCUACAAGUGCCUUGAGGGCUCCAAACUCCUGAUGUCAUGUCCAAUCGGCCAGGACGGUAACAAGUUGUAUUUCAAUCCUUGUGAACAGGUCUGUAAUUGGCGGUUCAAUGUCGAUUGCGUUUACCGGAACGAGAUAGAACUCUUGGACGAUCAGUUGUCUGAAUCAAUGGAGGAUUAUCCGACGGAGUGUCCGAAAGAAGACCCGAAAAAUGAAACGAUACUACUCCCCUACGAAGGAGACUGUACCAAGUACUACUCUUGUAAUCGUGGAAGAAGGUACCCGAUGGAUUGUCCCGUUUACGACAAGGAAGGAGAUAAACUAUUCUUCAACCCGGAAAUCCAUGAGUGCGAUUGGCCAGAAAAUGUAAACUGCGUCCAGGAUGAAUCGCUUCAAAAUUAUGAGUCGUCCGAACGACAAACUAAUCUUCCAACGGAGUGUCCAGCCUCCGAUUCAGAUGAAGACGUACCAGUUUUGUUGCCCCACGAACGGGAUUGCACCGAAUUCUACAUGUGCUCGCAUGGGAAGAAAGUUAUGAAACAAUGUCCAGUGAUAGACGACAAGCGUCAUCGACUCUAUUUCAAUUUCGAAAGGCAGAUUUGCGACUGGCCGUGGAACGUUGAUUGUAAGCUGCCUGAACCUGAAAUAAAAGCGACACCGACGGAAUGCGAAACAACGCCAGUCCCGACUGAAUGCCCCAAAGUAGAUUCACCUCAUUGCACCGUGCAUCUUGCCUGCCCUUGGGACUGCACUAAAUUCUAUAGGUGCAAUCAAGGAGAGAUAUUCUUGCAAAAUUGUCCCCGUGGUUUGCAUUUCAACAAGUACUUACAAGUAUGCGAUUGGCCGUGGAAAGCUGGCUGCGAUUCGAACUAUACUACGCCAUUUUCCCCAACUACUUCUAUCACAACUACGCCUCAACCCACGCGACCUCCAACAACCGCUAUAACUACACCUCGACCCACCGAACCUCCAACGACUACCACGACUACGCCUCCACCCACCCAACCUCCAAUAACAACCAUAACUACGCCUCCAUCAACCCGACCUCCAACAACUACCACAACUACGCCUCAACCCACCCAACCUCCAAUAACAACCAUAACUACGCCUCCAUCAACCCAACCACCAACAAUACCCACAACUACACCUGGACCUACCCAACAUCCAACAACCACCACAACUACACUUCGACCCACCCGACUUCCAACAACUACCACAACUACGACUCAACCCACCCAACCUCCAAUAACAACCAUAACUACGCCUCCAUCAACCCAACCACCAACAAUACCCACAACUACACCUGGACCUACCCAACAUCCAACAACCACCACAACUACACUUCGACCCACCCGACUUCCAACAACUACCACAACUACGACUCAACCCACCCAAUCUCCAAUAACAACCAUAACUACACCUCCAUCAACCGGACCUCUAACAAUACCCACAACUGCACCUGAACCUACUCAACCUCCAACAACCACCUUAACUACACCUCAACCUACCCGACCUCCAACAACUACGCCUCAACCCACUCAAUCUCCAAUAACAACCAUAACUACACCUCCAUCAACCGGACCUCCAACAAUUCCCACAACUGCACCUGAACCUACUCAACCUCCAACAACCACCUUAACUACACCUCAACCUACCCGUCCUCCAACAACUAUCACAACUACGCCUCGACCUGACCCUCCGCAUCCCACACCGGAUCCUGGAGUCAACGGUUGCAUAGGAAAGUGCCCUUCUUACAAUCCCCAAAACAAAAUCGCGAUUUUACCACAUGAAGAUUGUAGAAAAUGGUGUAGUUGUGAACGAUAUAGAAAAAAGGUUUGGCUCUGCCCCGGAGCCUUGUACUUCAGCCCAACUCUUAAGCAAUGCACCAGCCUUGAGAAGUCUGGAUGUACCGUUAAAAAACAAAAAGCCAUCAAUGAUGAAGCGCCGAUGGACAUAUUAGAAUCGAGUCCGGUAGUAAUUCGUGUAUUUGUCACCGAAAGGAUUGACCGAGUUGAAACGCAUACUGUCGGCAAGAGUGCCACAAUGGCACGUAUUUCAUCGAUGAAUGUGAUGCUGUCCAGCGCAUUUGUUCUUGGGAUGGCAGUGUUCGUGACAGCCACAGAAUGUCCAAAGGGCACCCUGCGGAAUGAAACUGUACAAAUUCCCCACGAGAUUGAUUGUACGAAAUACUAUACGUGUUUGGGUCCUACGAAAGUGUUGAGAGAAUGCCCUUACAUGGAUAGUGACCAGAAUCGGCUUUACUUCAAUCCUGAACUCGGCAUAUGUGAUUGGCCGUGGCAGGCCGGUUGCAACUUACCGCUGCCCAUAAGGAGCGUUGAAAAGACAUCUCUCCCAACCAAGUGUCCAAAGUAUGAUUCGGUCAACGAGACCGUUUUACUACCGCACGAACGGGAUUGCACCAAGUUUUACAUGUGCUCGCAUGGGAAGAAAGUUCCGAAACAAUGUCCAGAGAUGGACGACGAGGGCCUCUAUUUCGAUUUUGAUGAGCAAAUCUGCGACUGGCCAUGGAACGUCGACUGCAAACUUCCUGAACCUAGAAACAAACUUCCUGAAGCUAGAAUGAGAAGCGGGCUGACGAAGAAAAUAUUACCAGUUCCGACGUACUGCCCUGCGCAUGAUUCGCCAGAUUUUACUGUGCAUCUCGCCCACGAGUGGGACUGUACUAAAUUUUACAAGUGCUUGGGAGGACAUCCAUAUGAGAUGCAGUGCCCUUUUAUUCCUGGAACCAAUGAAAGGUUACAGUUCAACAAGGUCGAACAAGUGUGUGAUUGGCCGUCAAACGCUGGCUGCGAUGGCAGACCUACUCGGCCUCCUCCGACUCGUCCGCCUCCGACUCGUCCGCCUCCGACUCGUCCACCUCCGACUCGUCCGCCUCCGACUCGUCCACCUCCGACUCGUCCACCUCCGACUCGUCCGCCUCCGACUCGUCCACCUCCGACUCGACCUCCCCCAGGGCCCAACCCUGGAGUCGAAGGCUGCUUAGAAACCUGUCCAAAUAACGAUCCCCCGAACUGGAUCACGGCUUUGCCACACGAAGAUUGCAGAAAAUGGUGCAGAUGCGAAAAUCACACAGUUAUGGUUUGGACGUGUCCCGGAGACUUGCACUUUAGUCCAACUUUCAGAAACUGCACCAACCCUGAAGAUGCAGGGUGUAAAUCGAGAUAUCGCCACAAGUCGCGGGGAGCCGAUGACGACGACGAAGCACUCAUGAACGUUUUGGGUUACAACGAGCGCUUCCAGUGGGGAACUUUCCAGCAAGCGACACAGAGCGACACUGUGUUACACAAUGUGUUCCAACAAGAGCGAAAUAACAUGGACAUCAUAUGACACUGUGCUGCACAGUGCCGUAUGGGGUCGUUUAGACCCCGAGGGAGUGAUUAGGGUUAAGUGAAUUUUCGAAUUGAAUUUUUAUUGAGAAGUCCAUAUACCAGUUGGGUUUUUGAAAUUCUAGCGUAACUUGAUCCAUUCUUAAGAUUCUUGGAAAUUUUAAGUUCUGCGAACGCAAAGUGUCUUAAAAAUGACGAAUAAAUAUAUGGGGCACAUACUGCGACGAUUUCUUGUUCAACGAAUCAACGAAUUGUAACUCUGUGAAUAAAAAAUG